AUGGCUGCGGCAAUCGCCCUCGUCCUGGCUCUGCUGGCCGUCCAGCACGGGCUGAAGCGCGAUGACCAGGUCGAUGUGGCUACGGGCGAGCGGAUGCAGCGGCGUGCGGAGUAUCUGUGUCAGGAGAUGACUCGGCUGGUGCAGGAGAUUGAGCAGAGCAGGGGCGCGCGGGAAGCCACGCUCCUUUCGGCGUUGCAGCCGUGGCCGCUGUGGGCCGUUGCAGGAGCCGUGGUCUUGCUCGCUGAGGUCUGCUGGCUGGCCAGGGAAAUGAAGCUUGCCUCUGACAGCUGCCGUGAGCAGGACAGCUCCAGCAGCGAGGAGGAGGAGGACAGCGAGGAGGAGGAGGAAGACCUGAACGGCGCGCACAAUGUUGUCAGGUCUUUGGCUGCGUCCACCCCUUCGCCCAUGCAGGGCCUGCCCGACACGUGCAAGGUGCUGAAGGAGCUGGUGGGUGACCUCCUGGCUGUCUGCCGUGUGCUUUGCAAGAGGGCUUUCAUGCCCCAGAUGCACCCAGCCUUUGGGAUGGACGGCACCUAUGAAGCCUGGAGCGUCCGCGAGAGCAGCGUCGCCUACCGCCUGCUGGUGUUCCUGCGGCCACCCGCCGGGCACUCUUUCAGCCUGGAGCUGGACACCACGGGGCAGCUGCCAGCAAGGCGCUCCGGCAUCCACGUGGUGCUGGAGUGCAUGUGCUCGAGGGAGCCGCUGCUGGGGGAGAUCUUGUGCUUUCUCCACCACCCCGACGAGAAGCGGCGGAGCGAUCGGAGCUCGGACCUCCUACGCACCCUCUGCACAGGCUCCUACCUAGACGUGGAGAAAAUCGCCUGCUGGGUCCAGCGCUUGGUGAGAUCAGCCUGGCUGCUUUUGCCUCAGUCGCACCACUGCCAGCUAACGGUGCUGCCCUCCUCCCAGUCCUGCCGGUUCCAGCUGACAAGCGCCUCCAAGGUGAACAUCUGCACUGAGAUGAUCUUUGCAGUGCAGCAAGGCAGCUCAGGCGCCUACCUGAGCCUCGAGUAG